AUGGAAUAUUCAUACGAUCAAUUGAGUCAUUUACCGGAUGAAAUUCUUAUGAUUAUUUUUAAAAAAUUGCACAAUAUCUCACUAUUUUACUCGUUAAUUGGUGUUAACAGACGAUUAAAUAAAAUAAUACAUGAUUCUAUUUUUACCAAUCGUUUGACUUUUCUAAGAUUUCUGCCAGUUCCUUUGACUGAGUUCAAUGAUUUACCAAGCUAUUUAGCUUAUUCAUUACCUGAUCCAAUAGUUAAUCGAUUUUGUUUUCAAAUCUUACCUAAAAUUCAUAAUAAAAUCGAAUGGCUUAAUGUUGAACCAUUUUCAAUGAAACGUAUUUUUCUUGCUACAAAUUAUCCCAAUUUAUCUGGACUUGGUUUAUACAAUAUCCAAGUUGAACAGGCUAUGCAUCUUUUUUCUAAAUUACAUGUUUAUUUAAAGAAUUUUAAUGAUUGUCUUUAUUUACUUGAUGGACGUUUCAAUCAGCUUCGUGUACUUCAUGUUAAUAUUGAUUGUAUUAUCAUUUCGAAUUUAACAAUCAAUAAUAAGGAAAAAUUACCUAAUUUAAAAUCCUUUUCCCUAUAUUGUAAUCGCUGUACAAAAUUUUAUGACGAAUCAAUUUUACCACUUUUACAUCGAAUGUUAAAUUUAGAAAAUCUCCAUUUGUCUGUUAAAGUUUAUGGCAAUAAAACAUUUCAUAAUGGUAAUGAUUUAAAAAUAAAUAUUAUCAAUCAUAUGCCACUAUUAAACAAAUUUACAUUUAAUAUUUGUUCAUUGAGUUCCUUUUAUAGUAAAACUAAUUUACCAUCAAAUGAAGAUAUUCAAAAGACAUUUAAAGAUUUUAAAGAUAAUCAAAUUAUUUCUUGUAUUGAUUAUUUUCAAAAACGUAAACUUAGUCGAUGUCAUAUUUAUUCAUAUCCAUAUCAAUUAAAAUAUUAUGAUGAUAUAACAAAUAAUUUUUCUGGUGAAUUAUGUAAGUGUGUUCGUGAAGUUGGAUUAUAUGAUGAACAUCCUUUCGAACAUGAAUUUUUUCUUCGAAUUGCUCAAUCAUUUCCAUUAUUAGAAAAAUUAACUGUUAUUAAUCAACAACGACAAAAUAAUAAACGAUUUAGAAAAUCAAAAAAUGAAAAUGAAGAUUUAUUAAUUGUUAAAUAUCCACAUCUUAUUCAACUUAAUCUUAGUGAAGCUCACAAAGAUUAUCAUGAACAAUUUUUAUUCGAUACUAAAACAUGUUUACCAAAUGAUGUUCGUAUUCGUAUCGACUAUCGAUUAGUAAAAAAAGUGACACGUAAUUUCAGAAGAAAUACAACUCGAAGUAAUUGCGCGAAAUUAAGUUAUAUAGUGUUUCGUAACAAAUUAAAAUUUCCUGAACAUUUAAAAGACUAUUUUCCUCAUGCACAUAUAUACUAA